UCUGUAUUUUGAUUGGAUGAAUCAUUUGUCUUUGUGUUUUAUCCUUCUUCCCCUUCUAUAGAAACUAUUGAUCGAUAGGAAGAAUGAAUAUUCUUCCCUUGAAUAAAUAAAUAGACAAUAAUGGUGCGAUUUAUUCAUUCAUUUUCACAGUGGAAACUUGUGAAUAAACUAGAUUGACAUUCUCGUUGGUUCAACGUAACAGUGCAGUUAAAAUACAAAGCAUGUCAACUUUGAGUCAACAACGUAAACUGGUUGAACAACCACGUGAAGAGGCAAAUAUGGAUUGUCGUCCCGUUUGUGAAUGUGAACAAGAAAUGAUUGUGUGUAUGCAACAGAAUGGAGAAGAAGAUUGUCUAGUUUCAGGAUUUGCGUGUAACAAAGCUAAUCGAUUGCAAGAAAAAGGUGGAUGCGUGAUGAUGUAGGCAAUUUCAUGAAGGGAUGAUCGAACAAACAACUUUGACUCAAUGUUCAGUCAUCCUUAUGCUCUUUUCUUUUCUGCUUAUGUAACGAACAUUUGUUUGUUCGAAAGGAAGGAAGUGGGCAAACUAGUUUAAUGCACAAUUAAAUGUAUUUGAUUUUU